GGAGGAUCAACACUUGUUCACCAAUCAAUCCACCAUAUGCAUUAAUGUGCUCCAAUGCGGUGAUAAUCGAACCUCACGAACGUCGCAUCAUCCAGCGUAUUCAAGUCGGAAUGGAAUUCAGAAGCAACCUUGGAUCGAACUGGGGCAAAUGCAUCUGAUCAGUCGGAUGUUGAACUACAUACGUGGAGCGCUCGCGGCGUGCCAACGACUCGGCCGGCAUGCCCGGGUCCUACCCUGACCCCAUAUCAGUCACGGUAAAACCUCCAGUGAUACCUUAAGUUGGGCAUGCUCAGAGAUCCUAGCAAGCUGUUCAAUUGACGCGAAUUGUUUCCGCGGUAAAGUUUUAGGGAACCUACUUAGCUGAGGCUACUUAAGUGAUGUCGAAUUCCGAGUCGUCGCCCAUCCCUGCCACGAUGCGACAGAGGGUGGUCGAUUACAUCACCCAACUCCAAAACACCAUCGUCAGAGCUCUCGAGGAUGCCUCUGACCCUCCAUGUCAAUUCAAACGCGACACUUGGUCACGUCCACAAGGAGGUGGUGGCAUCUCAUGCACAUAUGCCUCUUCCGGAGAUGAUGCUACGUACGAGAAAGCCGGUGUCAACAUCUCCAUGAUCCACGGCACACUCCCCCCUGCUGCUAUCAAGCAAAUGAGCAGCGAACAUUCAUCCCUGGAUGUCAAUCCUAUGGCUGCUCUGCCCUUCUUUGCCGGCGGCAUCAGCUUAAUCGUACAUCCGCGCAACCCGAAUGCACCAAGUGCGCACGCAAACUACAGGUACUUUGAAGUGAUGGAUUCCACAGAGAAAGAUGCAAAGGUUGUUGGGUGGUGGUUUGGCGGCAUAACAGAUCUCACGCCAUCAUACCUGUUUGAGGAGGAUGCGAGGGAGUUCCAUGGGACGCUCAAGGCGGUUUGCGACGCCUAUGGAACAGCCUUGUAUCCAAAGUUCAAGCAGUCUUGCGACGAUCAUUUCUUUAUUCCCCAUCGGAAGGAGUAUCGUGGUAUUGGAGGGAUCAGAUUUGAUGAUCUAAACGACGAGAUGAACACUAUUUUGGGCUCCGUAGAUCACGAAGCCCGCCCCCGCACAGCAGAUGACAUCUUCGCCUUUGUCCGUGCUCUUGGAGAUGCAUUCACCUCCUCCUAUAUGGGUAUUCUCAAUCGCCGGAAAACCAUGCUUUCAGACGAGCGCAUGCGCCGUUGGCAGCUCCUUCGACGUGGACGGUAUGUUGAAUUCAACCUCGUUUGUGAGAGGGGAAUUAAAUUUGGAUUGGCUGCACCCGGAGUCAAUGUUGAGAAUGUGCUGAUGGGAAUGCCAGAAACGGCAAGAUGGGAGUAUAUGUCAGAAAUGUUCGAGGAGAGUGAUUCAGCUGAAGGAAAGAUGAUGGAGGUGCUCAAGUUCCCAAAGUCUUGGAUCCGGGGUUGCUAGGUCGGUCUUGCUGUGUCUCUGAUGGACUCUCUUCACGUGGAUACUACUUUGUAAGUACUGUGUACUUGAUCUGAUCGUGGUUGGAAAUAUCACCUGACAGAUCGUGACGACGGGCAUGACGCGCCAUAGUUGAUAUUCGACGUCUAUAUCUAGACUCAUCAGAAGAUUGGUGAGCGGUCGAUAUUAUCUUACAUGCCG